AUGUUUCUAAUUCCAAUUUUUUUACUAGAUCGACCAAUUGAUACUCCUCGUUUAAUUGAAUAUUUUCAUGAACUUGCACGAAUGGAUCCAAAUAUAACAACAAUAACAAGAUUGAAUCGUGAUCAAUUAAUAGAAAUUGAAAUUCAUAUAUUAACAACAAUUGAUCAUAUAUUUCCUCAAUAUACUCCUCAUGUGUUUAUAUCUUAUUUUCUUCGAUUUCUUAGUGAUGAAAUGAAAAUGAUCAGUGAACGUUUACAUAAUGCAUCAAUGCUUUUACUUGUUCAUAUUUAUUUACAAUGGACAUCACUUAUUGAAAUUUUAGCAAAAAAAGAAAGUGGAUUAUCAACAGUAAAUAAAAUACAAAUGGAAAGUGUUACUCAACGAUUACGUGAUCCAUUAUUAGUUGGUUCGGCUACAAUUCUUGCAGCAUCAAAAAUGUUUUGUCAUGGAAUGAAUUCACAAAUUCAUGAUAAGAUCAUUAGUUUAUUUGUUAGUCUUCUUGGUAUUGAUCCAAUGCGUAUUUAUAUGGCUCAAUUUUUUGCCGAAGAAGUUCUAAAAAAAUCAGUCAAUGUUCGAUUAUUAAUGGGACAGACGGAUAAUUCAAGUUCGAGAAUUUUAGUUGAUCGUGAACAUGAUUUUGAUGAUGAAUCAAUGAUGACAUUUUCAUCACCCUAG